UUUCAUUCCAUGGCUUCAUGUUGGCAUGGGGGUGACUACAAAUUCACAGGAUGUGCGAGAGCUAAUACCAGAGCUCUUUUAUAUGCCAGAAAUCUGCAUGAAUACAAAUCGAGUUCGGUUUGGUUGUAAACAAGGAGGAGAAGCGAUGGAUUCACUUGAAUUACCGCCAUGGUCUCAUGGAGAUCCGUACGAGUUUAUUUAUCGAAUGCGGGAGGCUCUUGAAAGCGAUUAUGUUUCUUCAAUGCUACAUCAUUGGAUCGAUUUGAUCUUUGGGUAUAAGCAGCGGGGCAAGGAAGCCAUUGCCGCGCUCAAUGUUUUUAACUGGCACUCCUAUGAGGAGCUGGACAAGAACCGUGAUACGGAUGUGGAUCGACAAUUGCUUAUCGAUUCCCUUGAUAACAUUGGGCAAACUCCCGUUCAACUCUUUACGCAGAAUCACAUUGAACGACGCCCCUAUGAUUUGUUGGAUCCAAUAAGUUGCUCUAUGGGUGUGAAAACAAUUGAUGUUCAGCGCACCUGUUCCUGUGUUGCUCGUGUGGCGUUAUUCGCAUCGGAUCGUGUCCUUCUUGUGGGUGGGAAUGGGACGGCUCUGCUUUUCCGGCUUAUUGUGGCUCCUCUUACGAAACGGGCGAGACGCGCAUGUUCUGCUGGCUCUGUUGGUUCGGCGGCGGCAACAGGGGCGGGGGAAAACUCCGUGGCAGCUUCUGCAGGCAGCGGGGGUUUGCCGAGUUUGUCAAAUAUGACGCCUUUGGCAUCGGGCCGCGGCGGCGGAAUUUCUCGAGGCCGCCCCAGCGUUGAUAUGUUGGAGGAAGUUGAGCGUCGUACUGCGCCUCUUCCCACAGGCGUGGUUCCGAACACGAGCAAAAAGGCCGGUGGUCCGUGUGAGACGGAGAAUGUGGCGGUGCUUUCCUUCGAUAACGAAGUGUUUGUGGCCUUUGGUGGUCUCUUUGACAAUACUUUUGUGAUUCGUCCGCUGGACUCCUCUUCCGUCUUUGCGGAGGAGCGCCUAAGUGCGCAUCGCGGCCGCGUUGUGCGCAUCACUGCGAGCUCCAACAGUCGCUACAUCGUGAGCGGCGCGGAGGACACCACCUUUGUUGUGUGGAGUUGUCAGCUGCAGCAGGGGCGUACCAGGCUGCGAGUGGAGCUGCUCUUUACGGUGUAUGGGCACGAGGAUAAUCCCACCGCCGUAGACCUCAGUCCCGUGCUUGACCUUGUCGCCACCGCCAGCAGGGACGGUGUGCUGAUGCUGCAUAGUCUUACGAGCAGUCGACUGGAGCGCAGUUUGAGGCAUCCGGAGAAUUUUUCCAUUGACCGCGUGCUUAUCCAAGCGACAUGUUACCUGCCGAAUAUUUUAUACGCCUCCGCGUUGGAUCACGUUAUACAUCAGAUUGGCGUCAAUGGUGUGGCGUUGCGGUCAGUCACCGCCCCGGGGCGUAUCACGAGUUGGUGCGUCACACCAAAUCAGUACAUUCUCGUCACGACCAAAUCCUUUACAAAUUUGAAUGCAUCGGAGGAAUCUGGCGGGACGGUUUUCUUUCUACAUUCCUUCUACCUUUCUUUUUUGAACUCUGUGCCGUGUCCGUUGAGAAGUUUUGGUGCCACACUGACGUGCUGCGCGGCUCAUCCUUCCAACCCGCAGGUGAUUGUGUGCGGCUCCUCUGAGGGAUCCUUGUCACUCUUACGCGUUGAGUUGUGA